CGGUACUUCUCCACCGUGAUCUAGGGUUUGGAUUAGGUUUUGGUUUUGCGUAUUUUUGUUCGAUCAAGGCGGGGACGGAACAGAGAUGCCGCAGCGGCACUCGAAGAACAACAAUUACCUUGCAUUCUUCACCCACGAGGAGAAGCUCAAGCUCGGAUACGGCACGCAGCGGGAGCGGCUCGGCAGGGACUCCAUCGGGCCCUUUGACCCUUGUUGCCUCUGCAUCAAGCACCUCAUCCACCCUCUUUUCUGCCAGAAGGGGCACCUCUUGUGCAAUGAGUGUAUCCUUGAGUGCCUCCUUACCCAGAAGAAGGACAUCGAGAGGCGGAUUGCGGAAACCAGCCACCAAAACUUGAAGAUGAGAAGGGAAUUGCAUCAUGAUAUUUCUCAUGAGAUUAUUACCAGUGCAGUUAAUUUUCGUGUCUGGAAUCUUGAUCAUAUAGAUUACAAGUCUCAUAAGUCGAGUCGCAGCAUCGACCAGCAAAUCAAAGCCAAUGCAUUGGGCUCCCGUCAAUAUUGGAUAAACAACAACACAAUUUUAUCUGGAGCAAUCUCUUCACACUAAGAACAUCAAGAAAAGCAAGGCAUAUAUACAUGCAACAUACACAUAUGAUGAUGAUGAUGUUCUAGAGACGAGACAAACAAAUAAGGAAGAGGUUUC